GGCGGGAGCCAGAGCGGCGAGCAGGGAGCUGCGAGGGAGCAGGCGGGCGGCGGCGAGGUCUGCGGAGGGCGCGGGAGCGGGAAGAGCGGCCACCUCCUCACCAGCAGCCCCAGCGGUUUGAUCCCUCCUCGGGGCCGCGCCAAUGCCUGGUCCGACCCAGACCCUGUCCCCCAAUGGCGAGAACAACAACGACAUCAUCCAGGAUAACGGGACCAUCAUUCCUUUCCGGAAGCACACGGUGCGCGGGGAGCGCUCCUACAGUUGGGGAAUGGCGGUCAAUGUGUAUUCUACCUCGAUAACCCAGGAGACUAUGAGCAGACAUGACAUCAUCGCAUGGGUUAAUGACAUCGUAUCUUUAAACUACACGAAAGUGGAACAGCUCUGCUCAGGCGCCGCCUACUGCCAGUUCAUGGACAUGCUCUUUCCCGGCUGCAUCAGUUUGAAGAAAGUAAAAUUCCAGGCGAAGUUGGAGCACGAGUACAUUCACAAUUUCAAACUCCUGCAGGCGUCCUUCAAGCGGAUGAAUGUGGAUAAGGUGAUUCCGGUGGAGAAGCUAGUGAAAGGGCGCUUCCAGGACAACCUGGACUUCAUCCAGUGGUUCAAGAAGUUCUAUGACGCGAACUACGACGGCAAGGAGUACGACCCCGUAGAAGCACGACAAGGGCAAGAUGCAAUUCCUCCCCCCGACCCUGGCGAACAGAUCUUCAACCUGCCAAAAAAGUCGCACCACGCCAACUCCCCCACCGCAGGCGCAGCUAAGUCCAGUCCAGCAUCUAAACCAGGCUCCACACCUUCUCGCCCCUCAUCAGCCAAAAGGGCUUCCUCCAGCGGCUCGGCAUCCAAAUCGGACAAAGAUUUGGAGACACAGGUCCUACAGCUGAAUGAACAGGUGCACUCGUUGAAGCUGGCCCUGGAAGGCGUGGAGAAGGAGCGGGACUUCUACUUCGGGAAGCUGCGGGAGAUCGAGCUGCUGUGCCAGGAGCAGGGCCAGGAGAGCGACAGCCUCGUGCAGCGGCUGAUGGAGGUCCUCUACGCCUCCGACGAGCACGAGGGCCCCCCCGAAGAGCCGGAAGCGGAGGAGCAGGCGCACGAGCAGCCCCCGCAGCAGGAGGAGUACUGACGCUGCCACUGCCGACACUCCGUGUCGCGUGGGGACUUUGCUUCUGGAGAAUUGGAACAGGGUGGCCUCAGCGCCACGGAACGGCGGUCACGGGCGCAGCGCUCCGUCCCCUCCUCUGCCGAGACCCAGAGCAGCCCUGGGCCGCCAGAGCGCCCUCCGCACGCCCUCCGCUUCGCCACGGCUGCGGGACUGGUCUGUCUCCUCAUUUCUUCCAGAACUCUCCCCCCCACCACCCCUCCCCCUGGUGUGAAGCAAUGGUAACUUGAUAUUGGUAUUUAUAUUGGCAUUUCUCACCCGUGUCACUAGAUGUCACACACAGUGGUGCUUUGAUGUUUGCGAGUCUAACCUCUGACAUGAAUCUGUAAGAUAAUAAAUGGGACAAAGGGAAAGAGAUACUUGAUACGAAAGCCAUAACGACAGUGACUUGUUUCCUAGGGACAACACGGAGCCCGCGGCUCCCUCUGCUCACGACCGUAAAGGGAAGGGAAGGGAAGGGAAGGGAAGGGAAGGGAAGGGAAGGGAAGGACGGAAUCCAGCCGGGCCCUCGCCCAGCACCCCCGCGCGUCAGGCAGCCACACUUGUCCUGGUGGUUCUUCCUCGAGAAACAGUCUCACCUUGGCCCGCGAACCACCUGCCCCGUCCCACCCCACCCACCCCGGUUCUCAUGCAUUUUCUUUCUCAGGGUCCCCUUUGGUGGGCAGCCACCCUCCCACAGCCGUUGUCAGCUCUGCGCCCCGAGGGCUCCAGGGUCCCCGGGCUCCAGGGUGGGGGGCAGCCCCGAGGGCGGGAUGCCACGCACCUGCUGGAGGGAGGACCUCGGGGAAUGGGGUGGUUCCAGGAGCACCAUGGCUGAUGUUGAAAGGAACCUUCUGGAAUAGGAAUUCCCCUUCAUACUGCGGCCUCCAUGCCAUUGCCCUUUGCUAGACCGGGGGGGUUCAAAACCGAGGAAACAUUGAUGAAUUAGAAGCAUUCCUUUUUUUUUUUUAACUAAGAUUUGCACAUUUUCUUAGUAUCUUUGCCUCCUUUUUUUCCCCUUUGAGAGAUGGUUUCCCUUCCCGGAUCCUUCAUUGCACUCGGUUCCUAACUUUAGAUUCACCUUCACUGGGCAUUUGACUUGGUAGGUGCAGCCCAACAGCACACAGUGUGCCCACCCACUUUCCUCUUCGCGGAAAAGCUGACAAUAAAUUUCUCAGCUCUGUGUCA